CUUCCUGCUAGACUUUUUAAUCUUUUUAUUCACAUUUCAGGGCUGAAUGCAAAAUGUCCUCUAGAAGUCGGCUGCAUCUCCUUCUCAUGCUCCUGUUUGGCCAAGUUUGGUCCAUUUUCUCUGUACAGGAGAUGCAAACAGAUCUUGAAACCAUUAUGAAAAUCAACGCUGCUGGAGAAAUGAUGCAGUGCUCUGCAGCAGUGGAUAUUCUCUUUGUGAUGGACAGCUCCUACAGCGUUGGGAAAGGAGGAUUCGAACGAUCCCGGCACUACAUGUUGAAGCUGUGUGAGGCUCUUGAUGUCAGCCCAGACAAGGUGAAAGUUGGCGUGGUUCAGUUUGGUUCCACGCCCAAACUGGAAAUCAGUCUAGACUCCUACAAGAGCAAGGACGAGCUGAAGAAAAAGAUGAAGAAAAUCCACUAUAGAGGUGGAAGCACACAGACAGGUCUGGCUCUGAAGUUCGUUUUGAGGAAGGGGUUUUCCGGCGGACGCAAUUCCACUGGGCAACGCAUCGUGAUCCUCUUAUCUGACGGAAAGUCCCAGGGGGCAGUGCAGCUGGCUGCCUCGGAGCUCAAGCUGUCUGGAGUGACUCUGUUUGCCGUGGGGAUCCGUUACCCAAGGUGGGAAGAGCUCCAUGAACUGGCGAGCAGCCCAUCGGAUGCUCAUGUGUUCUUCGCGGAGCACUUCAGUGAUGCUGUUAAUGGAUUAUUCACCAGCCUCACCACCUCCUCCGUCUGCACUGCCGUUCCUUCAGGGUGUAAGGUGGAGUCUUACCCGUGUGUGCAGAAAACCCUGGAGACGGUAAAAGAGCUUCAGGGAAACUUCAUGUGCUGGAAAGGGUCCAAGGGAUACUCACCAUACACAUCCCUCUGCCCUCAUUACAGGUAUAGCAAAGUUUACAGGCAGCACCCCGUUGUCUGUCAACGAACUGUCUGUCCAGAACCAUGUGACUCUCAGCCCUGUCAGAACGGGGGGACGUGUAUAUCUGAGGGACUGGAGAAAUACCGCUGCGAGUGUCCCACAGGCUACGGCAGUGACCCCAAUUGUGCUCCCGUUCUGAGUUUCGACUGCUCUGUGGAUGUGCUCUUCCUGGUCGAGGGCUCCUCUUCUCUUACUCUGGAGGGUUUCUUGCGCUUCAAGUCCUUCUUAAAGCGUUUCAUGCAGGCUGUACUGAGCUCUGACACCCCUGUAAAGAUGGGGUUGGCCCAGUAUAGCAGCGACGUGAAGAUCGAAGCCAAAAUUGGGGAGCACAGAGACCCGGCGAAGCUGAUCCAGGCCGUUGAGCGCCUGCAGUAUCGUGGUGGCCAGGCCAAGGCUGGAAACGCUCUUCGCUACAUCACACGCAAUGGCUUUCAGAGCGCACCCGUGUUUGCCGACGUUCAGGACGACCUGCCGCGAGUGGUAGUGCUGCUCACGGGGACGCCCUCGGCGGACCCUGUGGUGGAGCCAGCGAAGUACGCACGGGACAGGGAGAUCUUCAUCAUCGGUGUAGGACCAGAAGGGAUGAGGGCUGAAAUAAACAACAUAACAGGAAACCCCCAGCGCACCAUCACAUACCAGUCACCCGACAGAUUGACCGCUAAGAUCCCGGAACUAAGAGCCAAAAUUUGCAGUGUCGACAACCAGGGCUGCCUGGGUCAAGCUUUGGACCUUGUUUUUGUGCUGGACGCCUCCAGUGCUGUAGGCAAGGACAAUUUCGUCCACUUUCAAGACUUUGUUCGGAGCACCUCAGUGCAGUUUGACAUCAAUCGAGAUGUGGCUCAGGUGGGACUGGUGGUUUAUGGGAGGCGGCCCGUCACGGUCUUUGACCUGGACAAGUAUGACUCGGGCUCUGCUGUGCUGAAGGCAGUGGGAGACGCUGCUUUUCUUGGUGGGAAGGCCUCUACAGGUUCAGCCCUGCUCCAUGUGCUCUCCCAGAGCCUGACGGUGGGGAAAGGAGCGCGACCUGGAGUCAACAAGGCUGUGGUGGUGCUGACUAAUGGGACGGGUGUGGAGGAUGCAGUGGUGCCCGCCCAGAAGAUCCGUGAUAGCGGAGUGUCAGUGUUUGUGAUUGGCAUCGGGAGCUUACAGCAAGAGGUCCUCAUCCGCAUCGCCGGCUCUGAGGAUCACAUGAUCUCUGUACCUUCAUAUGAUGACCUGAAAUACUCUGAGGAUGUGCUGGUACAGAUGGUGUGUGCAGACGUGAAGAAACCUGUUCACCUGUGCAGUCCCAACCCCUGUAUGAAUGAUGGCGUCUGUGUGCUUCUCAACGGCAGCUACCGCUGUGAAUGCCGUGGGUGGAAGGGUCCACACUGCGAAACACGAAGCAGAGAUCCGCCAAGCAGAGGAGAUCUCCCUAAACCUGCAGGCCUGAGGCGCCGUCAGCACAAGAGUGAAAAAGAGCUGCUGCAGCGCUAUAGGGAGCACCGCAAGAGACACGCGUCCCGAACACAGCACAGAUGAAGAGAACAACGCACACUACACACACAAAGACCCAGCUCAGCAAUGGGUUAACAUUCAUUCUACAAUUCACUCUGGUGGUGAACACACAAUCCAGACGACACUCCACGGGUAUCUAUUACAUGAAUUUUGUAAAUACGUUUUGUGCCUUAAAAAUUUGGAUUUUUUUAUUUAGUUAAUCUUAACUCUUUCCCUGCCAUUAAUGGAAAUUUCCAUCAU